GCGUGGAUACACACAUGAAGAAUUGAUGGAUCGAAGGCCGACGCAGCGGCAGCCGACGUCGACGUCAUGGCGCGAGCCACGCGACGGCAGCACCAUCGUCCCUCUGAAACGGAAGCUCAGCGACGUCGCAGUAGGAGGGACAAGCUACGAAGAUCUCAUGGCGCAGGGAAAGCUCCUGCGUUCGACAGCGAGCCGCAUCCCGCCUCAAGAGUCUCUGUACACAUGCCGGGUGUACUACUUAAACCAAGCGCUCGAUGCUUUCCAGCAGGCUCUGAACGCGUCCGCAGCAUUGCCGCUGGUCAAGCACACGCAGAAUUGCCUUGAACAGAUCCGGGAAACACAGAUCGACCUCAUGGUGUUGUCCAGAAUGUCGACACCUGCGACGUCGAGUGCUCCCGAAAUCGCCACAGCAACCAGAGCCAAGCAGGGACUGCGCGUGACAGUGCGACAUCGUCCCUUGCUUCAUCUAUCCACGUCUUCGUGCAGUGACACGUCUGCCUCAGUGGACGAUUCCGAGUGCUCGUCUCCUUCCACGGAUCCGCCAAGCGAUGCUGCUUGCGCGGGUGGAUUGCAGCAUGGCAUGUCGUCGUCGCCUCCGUCCUUCAUCCCGUCGUCUGCGCGAUUUCGUGGCAUCAGCGAUCCUCCAACAGUCGCAUCGAAGUCGCUGAUUGCGUUGCACCGACGCAAAGGUCGCGGUGACAACUCAAUGCAAUACCACCACCCGUUGCCACCUCCACCACCGCCACUCUUGCCGCAGCCAUCGCACCGAAGCCUUCCACGUCGAAGUCAUGACGUACCGAAGGUGACGCAAUGCCUGCCCCAGCAACUUUCGCACAGCGAACGACGGUUCCAGCAGUCCCAUGCAGGGGGCCACAUGGGUGACGUGAAGAAGUUGUCGCCAAAGGACCAGUCGUCUCUGUUGUCGGUGGCUCGUGUGCUCAUGUCGAUCGGAGACGCGCGGUCCCCGCUGCCGCGGCCUUGACAUGGCGAAUCCCUAUUAAUAGAUGCGGUGUCGUUGGCUUUGUUGUAAUUUGGAUCCGACCACUCGAACGACG